AUGCCUGUGGCAGCCGUAGGCCUUCUGGUCGUGCUCUCUGUGGAGAGUUUCAAGGCAUCGUCGCGCUUCUUCCAGCGGCGCAAGUCGAAGAAGCAUGGCUACUCGUCGCUGCGCACUGACAGCCUCGGGCGGCCCAUCAGCGAGGAGGGCAAGCGGCUGAGCAAGAACGAGGCCAAGGCGCUCGUGGCGCACAACCGCGAGAUUCAGCGCAUCCGCACCGCCGAGCGCGAAUGGCGCGCCAAGGGCGAGCGCCUCCCGGCGUAUGCCGAGACGGACAACGACGCCAUCAUCCAGUCGCUUCGCCGACCCAGCACGGCUCCGGCAUCGGGCAGGAGCUCGUCGUCGCCUUCAGUGCUCACAGUCGCAGCGGAGAGUCCGACCGAAUCCGUAAGAGCGGGGCCGGUGCGACCAAGAGCCGUGAGCACAACGUCGGCGGGGCUGGAAACCCCGGCGAGCGGCGUGCGCGCCCAACGCGAGGCAAGGAGCGACGACCUCGCCGUAUCCACGUUCGAAUCGCUCGACGGCGGAGCGUUUUCGAUCCGCCGAAGAAGGACGCAGACACUCGUGCUCCCCACCAUUCCCAGCUCCGAAUCGCCCGAGAUCGAAGACAUCUUUCAACACGACGGCCUCGAUUGGAGACGCGCCACCUGGGAAGCUCCUCCGAUCUACGACCAAGUGCGCGCCUAA